CCUGUAAUAAAAAACUUAUAUUUUAGGAAAUCUUUGAAUUAUCGAGUAAAUACUAUGGAAGGUAUUGAUCUUCCUUUAAUUUCUGAUGAUGAAGAAUUGGACUACGAUUUGCUUGAUGCUCCUGACAUUCCAUCUGGAUUUAAAGUACAAGCAGCGACAAGUGUUAGUUCAGUGAAGGCUGAUGCAAAAAUAGUUGACGAAGCCACAGAAACACCUACAGAAGCAUCUAUUCACCAACCCGCUCGUAAACGUAGGACGAACGAAACUUUUGAUUCAGAUGCCUCUGAUGGAGAAAUGGCAUGUAACGUUGGUGAGGAGGAUAAUGAAGAAUGUGGAGAUGAUAACGGUGAAUCUGGCGCCGAUAAAUUUUUUGGACGUUUGGCUGGUAGAGUGAAACGUUUAGGCGAUAAAAGGCAGCGGUUAGUGUCUCCAACAUUGGAAGAUGAAGAGGAGGUUCAAGAUGAAGAAAUUCGUGAACAAUUUCUGGGUGGAUUCGAACAAAUUCUUGAUGGAAAGAAGGAUGAACAACGUCGAAAUGUGAGUUUUUUUGUUUUUUAA